ACAACAGUUGCAGCGAGCGCGCGCUGAUACGUGCACACGGAAGGGAGACGGAUUUUUAAAACACUCCGCAAGUCGUAGCGUUUCAGACGAACCACGAUGGACCUCACAGGAAAAGUGGCCCUGGUGACUGGAGCUGGGGGAGUGCUUGGGGGAGCCUUCUGCAGAGUGCUGCUCGGCGCGGGAGCCAAGGUGGUGCUUACAGAUAUCAACGAGGCGGCCGGUACGAAGGCCGCUGAAGAGCUGCAGGAGCAGUUCGGCAGGGGAAGCGCCAUCUUCGUCAAAGCCAACGUGGCGGACUCCGAGUCACUGGAAGAGGCCUUCCGGACUGCGAUGUCAACGUUCGGCCGGCUGGACAUAGUCGUCAACAGCGCGGGCAUCCUGCGAGAGAGCGUGUGGCGGCAGGAGGUCGACAUCAAUCUCAAGGGCACCAUCGGCAGCGUGCUGCUGGCCUUCCAGUACAUGGGCAGAGACAGGGGCGGCGGGGGCGGGCUGGUGGUGAACGUCUCCUCGACCGCAGGCCUGGAGCCGAGCUUCCUGGCGCCAGUCUACUGCUCCACCAAGGCCGCCGUCGCCGCCCUCACCCGCGCCUACGGAGAUGCCACGUACGUGGAUAAGACGGGCGUGUCCGUAGUAGCCCUGUGUCCGGGCCCUUCUGAGUCACCACUGCUGCUGGACUCUCCAGAGCACCUGAUGCACGACUACAUCAAGCAGCCUCUGGCCCAACUCCUGUCUGCCACUCACAUCAACAGGCCUGAGUUCAUCGCCGAAGCGCUGACUCGAGUCAUCCGGGAGGGGCGCUCUGGCUCGGUGUGGGUGGCCAACGAAGGAGUCGUUCGCCAGGUGGACUUCCCCCGCAUGGUGUAGCUGCCGUGCUCCGGACGCACUGCUUGUAUAUGCUGGUGCCCUGCUCCAUAAGAAGUGCAGUGCUUCUUCAUACAUCAUACGAAGCGAUCGUACAAAAUAAACAUAAAUCCCUUAACAACAAAAUAAAGAAGGCGAAU